UGAAUGGGGCUGGGCUGCUCGUAUGAAAAGUCUACCUUAUAUCUGUGAAAUCAGUCAAGCGGAAUCAUACCGGAUCAACGAAGCUGCAAGGGAUUUUACAUAUGGUACAACAACACUGGAUGCAUCAGUGGUGGAAAAGGGGCCCAAAAUUAUAGAAGAACCCGUAUCAGUUCUAAUCAUCCGGGGCUCACCAACAAUACAUAUCGAGUGUGCAGCAGAAGGCAAUCCGAAUCCAACUUAUUACUGGUAUAAAAAUUUUGGUACAGCCAAUCAAACAAUUGUCGACCACAGUACCAGUGACCGGUAUACUCUCACCAAUGGUCGAUUAACCAUGGAACAUCCAAAAUUAGAGUUCGAUCCAGGAGAUUACCAAUGUGUUAUAGAAAACAAAUUCGGAUCCAUUUUAAGUAAUCCUGUUAGAAUUAUAGCCGGAUUUUUAUCCGAGUUUUCCAAUGAACCACAAGGAACAGUCAAUGGUUACCAGUAUCAAGGUACAGUCAUCAACUGUAACACACCUGCUUACAAUCCAGAGGUGUUGUUCUCUUGGUAUAAAACCGAUACUCGUUAUUUUGUGAGACCACGGCUGAAUCCCCACAUGUUUAUAUCGAGAAAUGGUAAGCUGUACUUCUCCGAGCUUCAACCCAGUGAUCAUGGUCAAUAUUUCUGUGUAGUAACAUUGAUUGCACCAGAGGGUCAACAAAUGGCGACUCAACAAGGACCCAUGGAAACCAGUCUUGGUAUCGGACUGACUGUUACUUCAGAAAAUGCCAACGAAUACGGUCCAUUGAUACAUAAUGACUUUCCAGCUGCCUUUCCAUCACCACCCAUGAGAGGAAAAGAUUUAAGAUUGGAAUGUUUUGCUUAUGGAAAAUUACCAAUGUAUUAUACGUGGGAUAGAGAAGAAUAUGGAUUACCAGCGAAUAUAUCUUAUGACGAUGCUAAACGGGUUAUGAUAAUACACGAUGUAAAACUAGAAGACAGCGGUAGUUAUACGUGUCAUGUUAAACGAGGAGAAACAGCAUCGGCCAGUAAAAACAUCUUUGUGGCCAUUGAAGCCGAACCGUAUUUUAUGUAUCCUUUAAAAGACCAACACUUAGAUAAGGGUGGUUCGGUGUCAUGGCGAUGUCAAGCAAUCGCUGUACCCAUAGCAACAUACACGUGGUUUAAAAACAGCAAGCCAAUAGAAUCUAUCCCAGGUGAUAUCGAGGUUCAAGAGAAUGUACUGGUAAUACAUGAAGCUGAUAAACGUCAUGAAGGAAUGUACCAGUGUUUAGCUAAAAAUAUCCACGGAUCAUCCUACAGCAAUGCUCAACUACGAACAUUAAAUUUUAAACCUACCUUUGCAAAACAUCCCCUGAAGACAACAGUAGCAACACAGGGAGGUAAUCUUACCAUUGUCUGUUUACCGGAAGGCGCUCCAUAUCCUACUAUCACGUGGUUAAAGGAUGGGGCACAACUCUCAGUAACUCAAGGUGGAGUGGGUAGACUAAUGCAGCUGCCGAAUGGUUAUUUGUUGAUAAAUGAUCUAACUCAGAGUGAUGCUGGUGUAUAUACGUGUGAAGCUUCUAAUGAUCUCGGCAAAGACAGUUCUUCAGCUAGAAUAUAUGUUACAUCCAGAACAACCUUGGUGAAAACCCCAACCAAUGAGUUUGUCUUAAUAAACAACACGGCCUUCUUCUACUGUCAGGCUUCAUAUGAUGAAGCUAGACACGAUCUGUCGUACGUCUGGUAUUUCUACGAAAGACGUAUAGACUUGGACAUUGAGCCACAUUAUACUGUUGGAACACGUGACUCUUUCCAUGGAUUGUAUAUACGAUAUGCCCAGUAUACACAUCAGGGUAUUUAUAAAUGUGUAGCUCAGACUCCUCAAGAUGUUUCAUCUGCUAGUGCUUAUCUUACAGUCUUUGGACCACCGGGCGAACCAGCAGGAGUUUAUGCCAAAAACAUUAACAACGACAGGAGCAUAGAUUUAAAAUGGACGGCAGGGCUGACUCAUGGUAGUGCUAUAUUACAGUAUAGAAUAGAAUAUUUUAAUGUAUAUGAUAUGGUCUGGCGAGUUUACAGGGAUAAUAUAGAUAUAACAGAAACAAUAUUAACAGACGGACCAAGUAAAUAUGGUUACACGGUGGACAAUUUGAGUCCAGGUACCCGGUAUAGUUUUAGAGUUACAGCCUAUAACAUUCACGGUUAUGGUGAACCUAGCCUGCCAUCAAAGUUUUUUGCUAUACCAGCUGCUGCCCCAGCUGAUGCUGUACAGGGUGUUGGUGGUGGAGGAGGAAGUGUUGGGGAACUCAGGGUUCAUUGGGAGAAAUUACCUAUAGGACAACACGGUGGACCCGGUCUACAUUAUAAAGUUUACUGGAGAAAGAAAGAUAAUAUUUAUGGCAAAUGGCUUGUAUCGGAUCCACCUGUAGCAGGUGAAAAGGAAGUAUUUAUCACUAUAAUAGAAUAUCAGUAUUAUUAUACCGAGUAUGAAGUGAAAGUAGGAGUAGUAAAUGAUCUGGGAGCUGGACCAAACACUACAGUAGUUGUUAUAUUUUCAGCCGAGGAUAUGCCACUUGCAACACCGGCUAACGUGAAUGGCGCGGAGCUUAACGCCACAGCAGCUGACAUAUUCUGGGAUCCAUGUCCAGACGAUCGGGAACAUAUGAAAGGCCGUGUUCUAGGCUAUCAGGUCAAUUAUUGGCUGGAGGGUAUGACGUACCAAGAUGCCCUGUUUAGUCGCCAUCUUGGACAAGCCGAUUUCGGUCGGAUAAUCGGACUGGAUGAGAAUUCUGACUACUGGGUGAACGCCCAAGUGUACAAUACAGCAGGUUUAGGACCAAAAAGUGAAGAUGCCAGAGUUUCAACUUGGGCGUCGCCACCGUUUUUAUAUCCUGAAUAUGUGAAUGUAACAUCUCGAGAUGAGAGCAGUAUCAAUGUCUGGUGGAGAGGUAUAAGCACUACAAUACUAGAGGAGGCUCUCAGAGGAUAUAAGCUGCGUUACUGGGAAUCGUCACAAAAUAUGAAUACAGCCCAGGAAGUGGUUGUAGGCAAGGUAACCCAUGCUGUAAUACCCAACGUAGAGAGGGGAAUCACCUACAGUCUACGUGUGUUGGGCUAUAGUUAUGGUGGAGAUGGCAAGAAAUCGCCUACCGUGUAUUUUACUUUAGGUGGACAACUGCAAGGGGUAGAUCUCUACACCACUGAAAUUCUGGCUAGAGGUUUUACCACCCGGAUGUCGCUAACUCUAAUUAUAACGAGCUUAAUCAGCACUUGGUUUUUGUAACCAUGACAACCCAGAUGUCGCUAACUUUAAUUAUAAUCAGUUUAAUCAUCACGUGGUUUUUGUAACCAUGGCAACUGAUUAUAUAAAGCAAACCGAUGUUUGGCAACUAAAGAAGGGCGAAUUUAUCGUACGGGAACUCGUUUUUUGGGGGUUUUUUGUUUUUAGUUUCAGGCUAAGGGAAUCCAAACUAUUUACUAUAAUUACCAUAGUUCGUGUGUUGCUUUAAAACCCAAUCUGAUUAAAAUACAGGGGGCAGUUUCACAAAGCAACUUACGAUGAAAAAUUUGCGUAAGUUUAUCGUAACGUAAACUUACGUAAAAAUCGCGUUUCACUAAAAUUCUUAACUUACGAAAUUCGUAACUUUUAUCGUUAAGUCUACGGCAACUCUCACCUUGUCGUAAGUUGGAAUUUUUUUCGUAUCUUUGACAAA